AUGGCGACGCCCACGCCUGGAACCGGCACCUCGACGCCGAUGCAGCUAGACCCCGAGGAGGCGGCCAAGAGUCUUAGAGUAUCGCUCGCCGACCUCUCCGCAAAGGCCGCCGCGCUAUAUUCGCAAAAACAGUAUGAGGACGCUUCCGAGGUGUACGCCCAGGCCGCCGAGAUGCAGGCCGAGAUGAACGGCGAGAUGAACCCUGAAAACGCCGAGAUCCUGUUCCUCUAUGGUCGCGCACUGUUCAAGGUCGGCCAGAGCAACAGCGAUGUUCUAGGCGGGAAGGCCCCCGAGACGAAGAAACAGCCGAAGCCGGCAAAGGCGGCUACCUCUAAGAACGGAAGCGCGGCUGCUACAGCUAGCAAAACGAGUGGAGCUGUCGAGGCCGUUGACGACGCUGCUGCUCAGGGAGCGGCAAAUCAGGAAAAUGAGGAGCCAAAGCCUGAGCAAAAGAAGGCUCUCUUUCAGUUUCAAGGCGAUGAGAACUUUACCGAUUCUGAAGAAGAGGAAGCCGAGGAAGGUGAGGGCGAAGAGGAGGAGGAGGAGGAGGAUGACCUGGCCGUGGCGUUUGAGAUCCUCGACCUCGCCCGAUUGCUCUUCAACAAACGCCUUGAGGACUUACAGGCAGAGGACGAGGCUCACCAAGGCAAAGGCAAGGAAGUCGCUGAACCCGGCAACGAUUCCGCCGCUGUCAAGCACAUCAAGGAGCGCCUCGGCGAUACGCACGAUCUCCUCGCGGAAAUCUCGCUCGAGAACGAGAGAUACCCCAACGCCAUCACCGACUCACGCGCCUCCCUCAAGUACAAAGAGGAACUCUACCCCUUUGAGUCGGAGAUCAUUGCCGAAGCCCAUUUCAAGCUCUCCCUGGCUCUCGAGUUUGCCUCAGCCACCAAAGCCUCCGAUGACACUACCGGCGGCGGCGAGGGCGAACACAUAGACCAGGGCCUCCGCGACGAAGCUGCCUCGGCCCUCGAAGCCGCCAUCAACAGCACCAAGCUUAAGCUCCAAAACAAGGAAGUCGAGCUCACCACCCUGCACAACCCAGAUGACAAUGAAGCCACCCGCCGCCAGAUCGCCGACGUCAAGGAGAUAUUAGCCGACAUGGAGCAGCGCUUGGUAGAUCUUCGCAAGCCGCCUGUGGACAUCAACGCCGCGCUGGGGAUCCCGGCCGCACCAACGCCCGAGGUGUCGGAGGAGGUUAAGCAGAAGGCGAAGGAUCUGAGUGGGUUGGUGAGGAAGAAGCGGAAGGCCGAGGAACCUGAGGAGGGAGGGGCAAAGAAGGUGCGGGAGGGUGAUGCGGGGCAGAAUUAA